AUGACCUCAAGCCUCAAGGUCACAGAGGGCACACCAAGAGCUUUUGUGGGGUUUGUGCUCGACCAACCAAGCAUUUCCAAGACAGGAACAAGCAGCUGUCAAAACAUUGGAGAGGUUUACUCACGUUUCCCAGAUAGCCUACGGGUAUCGAUAAGUGUGGGUGGCAUUGUCGAAUGUGAGUAUUCAGUAGCGAAUGGUAAGUUCCGAUAAGGUAGAAGACUUUCUCAGUUGUGAUUCCAGACAACGCAGACAUAAAUUUCCUGGGCAUUGUUCUUCAAAGACGAGGCGUGCUCUCAGUCCUCUGGGUAUUGGCAGAAUGA